UCUGGGAGCACCCGGGAGUAUCAGAGAGGAGAACUGCAUGGUAACACUACAGAACCGCUUUUGUUUGGCAAAGAAUGGACUCGAUGGAUUUGUUCGUGUGAGCGAGCGAGCGUGCGGGUGUGUGUGUCUGUGUGUGUGCGCGCGCGCGCACGAGCUGUUGGCAUUCUGCUUCUCAACCAGAGGGUCACGGAUGCUAAAGCGCUCUGUUGUCAUGGUGAUGUGGAAAACGAGAGAAUCCUGAUUGCGCGAGUGUGUGCGCAAGCGGAAACGUAGAAGAUAUCGAGAGGGAGAGAGAGGGACCUGGUGUCGCAGGGCUGAUGAGGAGAGAGGCUUCCUGCUGUGUUUUGAUCUGUGUUAUUACCACAACUUCUCUGAAGACACACACACACACACACACCGUCGGGCUGGUCAGCAUGGCAGAGGGCAUCUUCACAGAGCGUCCAGGACAGUGAUGUCAGUAGUCCCGGUGGAGUAGCGGCAGGACUGUAGGACCGGAGUGGUGUUGUUGUUGACACCAGGACACGCAUGACGAGCAGCAGAUCCCGGGGGCCCGGCUGAGGGACACAACGCAGACCUGGCCCGGACCCUCCACGGCAUGGAAGAGUGCAAGCAGAUCCUGGCACGCCAGAAGUCCAACUCCCAGUCGGACAGCCAUGAUGACGAGGUGUCCCCCCCGCCACCCAACCCUGUGGUCAAGGCCCGGCGCCGCCGCGGGGGUGUCAGCGCUGAGGUUUAUACGGAAGAGGACGCCGUCAGCUACGUCCGCAAGGUGAUUCCUAAGGACUACAAGACAAUGACCGCUCUGGCCAAGGCCAUCUCCAAGAACGUGCUGUUUGCUCACCUGGAUGACAACGAGAGGAGUGACAUCUUUGAUGCUAUGUUCCCUGUGACACACAUAGCCGGGGAGACUGUUAUCCAGCAAGGUGAUGAAGGAGACAACUUCUAUGUGAUUGACCAAGGAGAAGUGGAUGUCUAUGUGAACGGAGAGUGGGUCACCAGUAUAGGAGAAGGGGGCAGCUUUGGGGAGCUGGCCCUGAUAUACGGCACCCCGCGAGCCGCCACUGUCAAGGCCAAGACCGACAUGAAGCUGUGGGGCAUCGACCGAGACAGCUACCGACGCAUCCUUAUGGGUAGCACGUUGAGAAAGAGGAAGAUGUACGAAGAGUUCCUGAGCAAGGUCUCCAUCCUCGAGUCUCUGGAUAAGUGGGAGCGUCUGACCGUGGCUGAUUCUCUGGAGCCCGUCCAGUUUGAGGACGGAGAGAAGAUUGUGGUGCAGGGAGACCCCGGAGACGACUUCUUCAUCAUCACAGAGGGUACAGCCUCUGUUCUCCAGCGUAGGUCUGACAAUGAAGAGUAUGUGGAGGUUGGUCGUCUGGGACCAUCGGACUACUUUGGUGAGAUCGCCCUGCUGCUCAACAGACCACGAGCGGCCACGGUGGUGGCCCGGGGGCCCCUGAAGUGUGUGAAGCUGGACCGGCCCCGUUUCGAACGGGUCCUGGGGCCCUGCUCAGAGAUCCUCAAGAGGAACAUCCAGAGAUACAACAGCUUCAUCUCUCUCACCGUCUGAGGGGCCUCUGGUGUACUGAUGUGGGGGGGGGGGUUGUGUAUGACGACAGGGCGUUUGCUUCUUCCUGCCUUUCUUUUCUUCAAUUUGGCUCGCUCUGCUCUUUACUUUUUCAAUCUUCUCGUGCACUUUGACUUGACCUGCGGUGUCAGUGUAGCUUUUUUUUACAUCAACAGUGAAAGGCAUGUCAGAAUCAGGUGGUGGUGGU